UUAUUUGUUUAUCGAGUACACCAAAUUCACUAUAAAUUUACUGAAUGAAUAUGAUCUGAAUCCAUUUCUUUCCUUAAUAUACUACUUACAUUUGUAUAUUUUAUUCAAUUACUUGUGAAUAAGUGUAAGUGCCAUCAAGAAAAGAAGAAGAAUAUCAUACUUCGAAAGUGAAACAUCAAUUAUACAAAUACGUGAAUAACAAUAUGUACGAUCAAACUGAAGUGGAAUUCCUUGUUAAUUUAAUUAUUAGUACACAAAAAUCAGAAAAAUCAUUUUCUCCUUAUGAAUAUGACUAUCAUUCAUUAAAUACUACUUCACAAUUUCCUACAGCAUCUACAGCACUUUCAUCGCCUGUAUCAUCUUUAAAAUCAUUUUCAAAUUAUCGUCCCCGUCAAAAAAUUCUUAUUUGUGGAUUACCAGAUGAUAUAUCCCCUUGUUUAGACUAUGCAAUGAUAGCGAAACCUGGAAUGAUUGACUAUUCAUCUCUAAUUAUUGCCAGUACUGAUAUUGACGAAUUAAUUGUAAAUUAUUUUGGAAAAAUUAAAAUUCAUCUUGUCAAUUGGGAUGAAACAGACUACGAAGAGAUGUUAAUUGAACGUGUACGACCGAGAUCAGAUAAUUUUGUUAUUCCGUUAGUGAUUGAAUUUCAACCAACUAUUAGACGAAUGAAACGAAUUAGAGAAUUAUUAGAAAAGAAUGGUACAUUAGUAAUACCAAGUGAGAAUCCUGAAUGGCGGAUACGAUAUACAAAUUUAAUGAAUAGUUUUACAGAAAACAAUGGAACACUCAUUAAAUUAGCUGAAAAUGUCUUCGACGCUGGAUUUACACGUCAAAUUGAUCAUUUACUUGGGAGAAGACAUAUGCAUUCACGUAUUUAUUUCGGCUAUGAAAAACCAAUUGAAUCACCACAGAAAUUUAUUGACUAAACGGAAACGAAACACUAUAUAUAUAAAAAUUCCAUUACAGCUCCCGAUGAAUAUAUCAAUGGCAUACUAAUCCUUAUCCAAUAAGAUAUAAACAACUUUAUUCUCAUAUGCCUGUUCGCCUUUCACAAUCUAUUCUCAUUUUUUUGUAUAAUCGACCACAUCUUUACUGUAUCUUGCUCAUUCUUAAUUGUUAUUGUGUAUAAAAUUAAUCUAACUACAAAAGAAUAACACUCAAUUUACUUUAUUUGCAUGAAGAAAAACAGAAUACUCGGUAGCACUAUCAAAUUAAAAGCCGAGAUAAUGGCAGGGACUUGAAUAAUGAUGAAAUAAUAUAAGACUGUAAAAAGACAAACUUUUUCAAUUAUUUAGAUAUAUACUGCUUAUACGUAUAUAUCAUUCUCCGCCUGUCUAUAUAUUGUACACACUUUAUAGCAAAUGUGCAUAUUACUUAUACACUAGCAAGUAGCUUAUUUCUUAUAUAUAAAAUUAUUUUUUACAUUACAAAUAACAUGAUACGCACUCAUUCCAUAAACACAUAUAUACAGAAAUAGUUAUGUAUGUAUGUGAAAAAGAACACAGGAAAAGACAAUGUCUUUCGUUAUUUCAUUUAAAUUGUAUUUUUUGUUCGGAAAUUAUUUAAUUCAUCGGAGAUAUUGUCUUCUUCAUCAUCAUCAUUAUCAUCAUCAUCAUCAUCAUCAUCAUCAUCACCACCAUGAUUAUUAUUAUUAUAAUCACCGUCACCAUCGUCUUCUGUGUAGCAUUGUUCCUUUUUUAUCUUGAUGUCUACAUGGUUUUCGAGUUUUUUAAAUUGAUUUAUACUGUCUGUUAGUUUUUUCUUUAAUCGCAUUUCGUAUAAAUCUUUUUCAUUUUCUAA